CAUUUAAAGCGCUCCACUGGAUGAGUGUGUGCGUCACCACAAGCUCACGCUUUAAUUUAGUUUGUAUUCCACGCGCAUACUACUCCGGCCGAGCGAUAUGGCGUCCGUCACUGUAGGACAGCACCUCGCUCAACACCACCUAGAACCGGACCAACAGCUGUUUCACAAACUGAAGACGAGCGACAGAAAGAAAUUCACGCGUAAAUGGUCUCUGGAGAAGAUUAUACGAAACAGAGCGAGUGAUGUGGAGAGCGCGAGAGCCGCAGUCUCAGCUUCGCUUGUGUUAUUAAAUCACGAGCAGCCUUCGACAUCACAGAACCGAGCUAGUGGUGCCGGUCCGCCACGCUGCAGCAGUAUGGAAGGGUCGAUUGUGGACGAUGGACAUGACACUGAGAUAACCAAAUACAUACAGAGUGGCAUGACUGGUCACACAUUACAGCAAAGGCGCGUGGACAGAGAAAACGCCAACAAUAAUAACGGAAUAACCCGCAGACACAGCAGCGUAUGGAUCCGGAGGGGCUCGGUGAAAGACACGUUAAAGACCAACACGUCUGCAUCACCGCAAGCACUUCGCAGUUGCUCCCACAGCUCCCUACCGGACGAACUGGAGGGGCUGCAGAUUGACCGGUUGACACAGGCGAGAUCCGGAGUUGUGAAGAUGCGCAGCGAGCCUCUGAGAAGGGAGGCAUGGUCCAUCUUCAGUCAGAGAGACCCGAGGGUGAAGGCUGAGAGGGGAGAGGGCCACAUCUUCACAUCCAGACAGGUGAGCCAGGACUGGUGCGACGCCUGCAACCGCCAGAUCAGCCGCGCUGCGCUCAAGUGUCAAAACUGCAGCUACACAUGUCAUUUGGAGUGUCAGGGGCUUGUUCAGCUGGACUGCAACCAACUAGACCAGCAGACGGAGGAUGUGGCAUCCCCCACUCCACAGAGGCCCAGUGCCGCAGACCCUCCGGACAUGAAUGUCACAAGAGAGGAAGAGGAGGAAAAGACAACAUCUCUCACAGAAGAAGAAAUAAAAGCAAAAAUAGAGGACUACAACUCCAUAGUGACAGAGAAUGGAAUGAAAUUAGGCACAGAUGGCACAUACACUGGUUUCAUAAAGGUUAAUUUGAAGUUGCGCAGGCCCGUGACUGUACUUUCUGUGGACGGGAAGUUACCAGGACCAUGUUCCUCUUCUGAUAGUUCAGAUAAACGCACAUCCUUCUACCUUCCCAGUGAUGCUGUUAAACAGAUACACAUCAGCAGUACCACCACGGUCAGUGAGGUCAUCCAGGGCCUGCUGAAGAAGUUCAUGGUACAGGAUAACCCUCGCAAGUUUGCCCUCUACCGCCAGACCCGACGAGAUAGUCAGGAUCUUUUCCAAAAGCUGCCGUUAUCAGAGUGUCCGCUCUACUUGAGGCUGUUAGCGGGUCCUGAUCUAGAGAAAUUGACUUUCGUUCUCAAGGAAAACGAGACUGGCGAGGUGGAGUGGCAUGCAUUCUCAGUCCCUGAGCUGCAGAAUUUCCUGAUUAUCCUGGAAAAGGAAGAGAAGGAGCGCAUGCGGCAGGUGGAGCAGCGUUACAGUGCAUACAAGGAGAAGUUGUUACAGGCUCUGUGUGAAGUUCAGGGCAAGCCGGGAUAAUGCAGGACAAUCACUGUCCCUCACUCCAUUGAGCCGACACAGGGCCAGCCUGGAGGACCAAUGGCACAAAAGACUAACUUACAAACCCUCCACUCAGGACUCUGUAGAAGCUCUUAGCAUGUCUUUGCGAUCCUUGGCCCCAAAAAGGGGCAAAGGGUGUGAAACACAAAGAGGAGGUUGGAACUAAAGAUUCAUUCUUUUAAAAGAGUAAUCUUUCUCUCUGAAAAUGGCACACUGAAAUCCCAGCAGUCAUGGUUUUUGAUAUUUAAUUGGGUUUCAUUUGUUUUUUCUUGUUGUUUUUAAUUCAACCUGGUCUUUUAUUGAUUUGUUUUACAUGCUGCUUCUAUUGCUGCUACUGCAAGUGUUACUUAAAGCAUGACUUCCCCUUUUGUCACUCCACUUGUGUCUAGUGCAUGUCCUUAAUCAGGGAAUAUCUGUAAUAAUAUCUGAAAUGGGGGAGUAAAUGAGAGCAACCCCCCAACAGGAAGUGGAAAGAUUAAGAUUAAAUAUGAUGCUUGCAAAAUUUCAGAGAACUUAUAGUAACCUAGUCUACUUAUUAAAAUGUGUACAGUCCAUUAAUGGUUAUUACGUGCUAAUGAAAAAAAGGCAACUUUCUCUCUCUUGAAUUAUACUCUUUAUACUUGAGAUUGUCUAACUUGUACUGUAUUUUACUGAAAAUGUUUCACCCUGCAGCUGAAUUCUGUAGACAUCCAGUUCCGGUAACGGUUUGGUUACAUAGACUCCACAUAAUCAAUAUCUAUGCUGCUUCCUUCUAUUUCAAGUAACAAAAUGGCUGCUCUUCUCUUUAGGAUAGCCAUCAUUGGUAAAAGACCCACAGCUAUGGCUGCUGUAUAUUAUGUAUAAAAAAAAAGCCUGUCUAUGUUUGAACCGAGAUGGGCUGCUCUGCAUGCCCUGAUACAGGCAUUUGAGCUGAAUUAUCUAGAGAUGUGAAAAGCACCCAUGGAGACUGUUAUUCAGUGUUGGGUUUCUGAAAAGAGGCCGCAUCUGUUCAGGUGUCACAUGAAAGCUUAUAGCAACAAUCUCAGCCUCAGCACCGUCAAAUCACAUCAGUAUUUAACGUAUGCCACCAGCGCUUAAUGUAUCGUGCAGGGAACGUGUACAGGGACGUGUAGAUUGUUCAAUUCACACGAGCGACAUUGUGUGUGCUUUUUAACAGUUCAGCUUUUAGCACAUAAUAAACCAUAGAUUUAAUAUUCAUGUUAGAAUAUAAGGAAUAUGGAUCAGCACUCUGAAAGUGCUAUGGAUCUAAUCCACACUUGGGCACAUGGGUUGUAUCUUCUAGCAUCUGAAUCUGUUACACCAAAGUACAAUAGUCCCCCUGAGGUUUAAUUACAAAAGGAUCCUCACAAAGGCAAUGCAAAGAUAUUCCUGUUUUUUUAAGUUGUGUGUAUUGUGGAUUCAGGUCUUCUGUGAUUUGCACAACAACAAAGGCCAUUGAGUGGUCAGCCAAUAUGUACAGUAAUCCAUAAUAUUCUGUAAUGGGGAUAUGAGACACUCCUUCUUUUGCUUUGAUAAAUAAUUCAUUUAUAAAGGGAUUUAUGUUUUUACGUGUGUGUCUUCGUCUGCAAAUUAGGCCUAUAUACCAUUAAUCCUUGGGACAAGAGAAGCUUUUAUGGAUGCCAUUAUGGAUAGUGAUUAGUAUUGAAAAGCACCAAAGUGUUAUUCCCUACUAGUUUGGAAUAAUUGUAAACCCUUCAAUUUGAUAUUCCAGUUAUAUUGUCUACAACAGAAGCACAUUUAAAUCCCAUACCUUAAAGGUGCACACAAUAACAUUUCUGUUUAUGUUCGCUUCCGCCUAGCAGCAUAGAUGCAGCGUAAAAAAGAAGUUCUCAGUUACCAAUGUUGUUGUAAAAAUGUUGUUGUUUUAAUUAACUUAUUCCACAAGUAAAAGCGUCCAAUUACAAGGGAUGAUCCCAACAUGGCGGUGCUCAUGAAUGUGCAAUUGAUUUAUUUGCUCCAUAUGUAGAAUAAAGCAGCUUUUUCUUUCAUUUUAUGGGAGUCAUAAUUUUUAACAUUUUCUAAAAGUACUAUUCUACUAUUUUCAUUCCCCUCCGUCUAGUGCACCUUUAAUGAACCAUCUAAUCAGAUGGAUAUAAAUGGACAUCACUGGCAAGCAUUUAUGUCAGUUGUAUCAUGGCAGAGGUCAGGGUUAUGAUUUGGAAUGGUUAGAGUUUGGUUUUUAUUAGGGUUGAGCACCCAUUUAAAGGAAUGUUUUUAGUGAUGGCACUUAACAGUCGUAAGUUUCCAUGUGGCUCACUCUGCCCUCAUGCUGGCCCUGUAUCGCCUCCUGGUGGACUGAAAGAAUCACUUCCACUCUUAAGCAAGAGACAGGGGCUUUGUAUGUCUGCUCAGGCUGCUUUUUCCUGACAGCCAUAUUCCUGCUGGCAGUGCCUUUAGUCUCUGUGCAGCUUAUUUUGACUGUGUACUGUACAUAUGCUCUAGAUGUCUGCCCCUAUAACCACACAUGUCGAGAGAUUUCACACAUUGGCAGUGGCAAUAGCCAGGUGAUUUUAAUGUCAGAGCCAUCAAGACCACAUGGGACUUUUUGGGACUUGUGUUUAAAAUGUUGAAGAGUGUGUAUGUGUGCGUGGAUUUGUUUAAUUUAUUUUUUGUUCAAGUGAGUGUAAACUUGAGUAUGUGGACAAAUUAUUUUUAUUGGGCAAUCCUUUUGUUUCAUGUUUAAAAUAUCUGUAAAGCUGUAAAUAGACUGAAGAAUGAAAUAAAAGGUCAUCCUUUAA